UUCCAAUAAAUAAAAAGUUUCCUGGUGCAGCAAAAAAUUUCUGGCAAGCAACAAGUUUGGAUCAUUUAGAGAACUAGUUCCGACAGCCCACUCGCUCGUGACUUGCACAGUACUGGGGGCAUCAGCUGUUCCGCAUUCCACAUUUCGGUUUUGUAUUUUGCACUUUGAACCUGGCCAAAAUCCUCGUGCCUGGCCAACGAAUACGAAAAACACACUCUGGAUUCUUGCCGAAUUAGAGUGCGCGUGUCCACGUCCGUGUUCGUCCUCGCUCGUCCUCGUUCGCCGUUCUCCGAUUCUCACAGAACACUCGCCGAGUCGGCCUUGCCGCCCCCAAUCUUUCUCGGGCCGCGGACAAGGAAACAACAGCCACACACCGCAGCGCCAGCUUGUUAGCCGGAGAGCUUUUCGUUCGUCUUUGCAUCGCGCGCAUUGCCUGUCCAGUUUCAUUGAUAAGAAAGCCAGUGAAUGCCCCAACGUGCCCCUCUGUUUCGCCAGCGUCAACGCCGUUUAAAGUGCAAAUUAAUCAAUUAAAAUAGUACGAGAGCGUGCAGUGCGUGCUGGUAUUAAUUUAUUUGCGUGGCUUUAAGCGAAUCUAAUUAAUUUCGUCUUCAAUCUGUGUUCGUUUCGUCCAAAGUUCCGUUCCCGCUUGUUGCCUUGCGACGCGACGCUGUUUAUUAAUUAAAGACGACAACCAACAUUGCAUAGUUUCCGGCUGAAAAAUUUUCGUUAUUUUCGAGCUUCCAGUUUUUCCCGUGCGCUUCCUUCCUUCCGUUCCGCCCCCUCAGCAAUCGCGGCCAAUUAACAGGGGACUUUAACAAGAGGCAAGUGGAAGCACAGCGUCACACAAAACAACACAAAAAUGACGCACUGGGAGGACUUCUACAACACACAUCUGCCGCCCGCAGACUUCGAGGACAAUCGGUCGCUGCUGAAAGAGUUCUGCGAACGCCACAACAAGAUCCAAAAUCGCAUUGUUCUCGUCACGUCUGGUGGAACUACAGUACCUUUGGAGCACAAUACGGUGCGAUUUGUGGACAAUUUUAGUGCCGGCACUCGGGGCUCUGCCUCGGCGGAAUACUUUCUUGACCAUGACUAUGCCGUGAUCUUUAUGCAUCGCCACAAAUCGCUGGAGCCCUUCACGCGCCACUUCACGGGGCAGCAGUUCUUCGAUAUGCUGGACAUAGCGGACAACAGCCAGAGCUCGACGAUAGCCAUCAAGCCGGACUCGGUGGAUGUGUUCGCACCGGUGCUGGCCAAAUACAAGAUUGCCCGGGAGACCCAGAUGAUUUUGUAUGUGAACUUCACCAGCGUCGUCGACUACAUGUGGCUGUUGCGGGCCGCCUGCGAGUGCCUGGCUGCGUUCGAGGAACGUGCCGUGCUCUACUUGGCGGCUGCCGUAUCCGAUUUCUACAUACCCGAGGACAUGAUGCCCACCCACAAAAUGCAAUCGGGCGAUGGAGCGCCGACGAUUUCGCUGCAGCUGGUGCCAAAAAUGCUCGCCCCAUUGGCCAGCCUCUGGGUUCCGCACGCUUUCGUGGUGUCCUUUAAGCUGGAGACAGACGAGAGUCUAUUGAUUGUCAAGGCACGUGACAGCCUCAACAAAUACAAGCAUAAGCUGGUCAUUGCCAAUAUACUGCAGACACGCAAACAUCGCGUGGUGUUUGUCACGCCCACAGAUUCCUACGAGCUGCAUUUGAGCCGCGAGCAAACGCUGCAGGGCCUGGAGAUCGAGGAGCCCAUUGUGGCCGACCUGGUGCUAAAGCACAACGAGUACAUCAACAACGCCCAGCAGCGCCAAUGACCGUUAUCAAUGCGCCGCCGGCAACAGCAGCAGCAGCAGCAGCAACACCACCACCACCACCAGCAGCUCCAGCACCAGGAUGACGAUGGGGAGGAUACGUAUUGCGUGACCACCUCGCAUUAUUGUCGCGUGCUCAAUCCGGGCACGCCAAGCUUUGGCCGCAAAUAUUGAGCAGGUUUAUAGUCCAUAGCGAAUACUGAAAUACUAAAUGCCGAAUACCCCCAAUGCCCGAAUACAGAACACUGAACACAGAA